GGAGGAGAAGCGAGGGCCACCAGGCAGCGGCAGAGGAGGAGGUGUUGCGUGUUCCAGUCGAGAGGCCAGAAUGAAUCUCAAUGGAGAGACAGAGCUUAUAUACACAGCAGCGGUGAGUCAGCCGUGAGUCAUGUACGGAAAACCCAGGAAGUAGCCUGUCUUUUGACUGAGUUGCUAGGAUACCGUGGCAUCUGGUGACGCCCCCCCCCCCCUGGGCCGCUAGUUUGGUUGCUAGGGAAGACGUCGCAGGUGGCCUGCAGCUACGCAGUUGUAGGGGAGAUGUCCACUACAAUGCCAUGGCUGAAGCUGAAUUAAACAAUUUUCACCGAGCUGGACUAAAUUAUUCCCCCCGUCGCCGAAAUAUGGCCAGUAGUCACUCCAGAUAGAUCUCACGUGUCUGAAAUAAAGAAAUAAACGGGGAUUAAUCUUAACUACUUAACUAGGCUAACCACCACAUCAUAACUGUUUAAGAUAUUUCAUUUUUGUUAUUAUUUUGUUCUAUAAAACUUCAUUAUGUGUUGGUUAUCGUCUUGCUAUUGUUAAUUUUACUGUUUUUUUUAUAUAUUUCUAACUUGUUUUACCGGUAGUUAAGGAGGUUGUAACAAUCAUUAGCGGGUUGACUGUAGUUUCUGUGUACCCUUAGAAUUGGUUAUGGUAAAUUUAUCAAAACUUGAAAAACCAGAUCACAAUUGACUUUUAUUUGAAAGAUAUGAAUACAAAAUAUAAUUAUCAAAGUUGGAAGUUUCUUUAAAUUUGUGACUUUUACAUAAAUAAGCAUCUGAAUCCCUAGGCUAAGUAAUGUUGACUCAUAAGCUCAUAUAAUUUUUACAGUUUCGUAAUAAAAUAAACAGAUUCAAUAAAUGUCUGCCUGGGUUCCUUCUGUAUCUACUAUAUAAUUCAUUGGCGUCUUUAACAGUGUAAGCAGCGGCCUUUAUCUUUGGAAACAGACCAUAGGCAGUAUAUAAGUACCACCAACAUAUAGGCUUUAUUAAUGUACAGUAUUGCUAGUGAGAAUACUUCAAAAUUUAUAGUUAAUACAUCUAUAAUUUUCUUUAGUCCCCCCAAUAAAGAAGUCAUUUUCUUUCUUGAUAAAUUCUUGAAUUCCAUAUAUUAUUCAGUUAUUUCACACCAAAAGCUCAUUAUAUUUUCACAGACUCUACAACAUGGUAAUAUAGUCUUAUUUAGAUGGUAAUAAAUGAUUAUCCAAAAGGCUGUUUAUAUUAUCAAUAAGUAAUAAGGGAUGAUAUAAUGAAGGUGAGCGCCAUCUAUGAGUUAACAGCGUCACUAAACCCCUUCAUCACAGGGUACAAGGGGGAGUUUCUCGUCUGGUGGGUCUGGGGGUUCCUCACCAACCUGACAGCCACUGGACACAAGGACAAGCUGGAGGACGGAACAUGUGUAAGACGACCUGACAGCCCUGAAAAUAUCCGCCUGAGGCAUUGGCCUUUGAUAGGGAAAUUGAAAAGUUUGGGCAGACUGUCUCGGUUAUUGAUGGAGCCUCACCCACCUCACUGUUCAGCUAUACAUUUG